AUGAUGGACUCACUCCGGCAGAUAUCAGUUAAAAACGUACAAAGCAUCGCCAAUGAUGGUAAUGAAGAGAAAAGGGCUUGGAUAGAACAUUUUCGCCCACAUGGAUUUCGCCACGAUACGAAAGAAAUAUCAAGAGUAUCAUUGCCCUAUGGUAUUAGUUAUGUAUUAGAAGUAUUUCUAAUGCCGUUUGUAUCUCAAAUAUUUAUCAGUCGUUUGGGACAAGACGAGUUUAAUGCUUGUUUGUUAGGUCAAGUAUGUUACGGUUUAUCGGCUUACUCAAUUAACUAUGGAUUAAGUUUCGGUUGUGAUACGUUACUGAGUCAGUGCUACUCCGGGAAUAGACGUAAAAUGGGCCUUACAAUACAACGAGCUGCCAUGAUUGGUGGUUUUAGCAACUUGGUAUCAAGUAUACUAUUUUUAAAUUCGAUAUAUUUAAUUCAAUACAUGAACAUAAGUGAACAAGUUUAUCGACUGACACAACAGUAUAUAACCAUUGGUAUUUUUAUUAUACCUUUUGAUGGUUUAUUAGUGGUAAUUCAAAAGUAUAUAAUUAAUCUUGGCAGUACAUGGUCGAUAUUAAUCAUAAACAUUAUUGGAAAUAUGUUCAACUUACUAUUUCAUUACGUCUUUCUUUACGUGUUUAAAUUCGGUAUUCGUUCUGCACCGGUAUCUCUGGCACUAUCGUACAUGUCUAUGAUAAUAAUGGCAUUCGGUUAUUUGAAAAUAACAAAACUAUACGCUGAUAGCUGGCAACCAAUAACACGUAAUUGUUUGAAAGAGUGGUUGCCCUAUUUAAAAUUAGCAAUACCAGGGGUUUUGAUACUAGUUAGAGAAGUUAUUUGUUUCGAGGGAAGUGUUUUUCUCAGUUCAUCUUUUGGAAAAGAUUCACUUAGUGCUCAAGGUGUUAGUUAUUACGUCUAUAUAAUAAACUAUCUAAUGGCUCAGGCAUUUUCGCUUGGUGCAGCAUCACUUUCACGACACUUACUAUUGUUUGCCAUUGCAUUUUGUGCCUUCAAUUUUGUCCAAGUGACGCAGUGUGGUGUAAUGAAAGCUAUUGGAAAACAGUAUAUUAUUGGUGUAUUAGUACUAAUAAAUUAUAUUAUUUUAACUGUACCACUGGCUGGAUUAUUAGUAUUUUAUUUUAAAAUGAAAAUGUACGGUUAUUGGAUUGCAAUAAUUAUCGGUAUAAUAUUAGAAAUAAUAAUAGUAGAGAUUUAUAUUGCAAGAAUAAAUUGGCAAACGCAGGCACAGAUAACACAAGUAAGAGUUAAUUUUAAUACUGAAGAACCAUCAAAAAGUCCAGUGGACAACGAAACGAAUGAAGUGAACAUGUUAAAUGCUGAAACCGAUGAAGGCGUCACAACUGAUAGUAUACAGCCAACCCAAACAUUGUUUGAUGUGAUUAAAUUUAAACUUAUUAUUUUCAUGUUUCUUCUGUCAUUAUUAAUUGUUAGUAUUGUAUUCACUGUAAAACACUAG